AUGUUUCCCAAUACCAAUCACAUAACUGUUGGUUCUCCAGAAUGUGCUGAUCUAUCCAAGGGGGUUCUGUCCCAGAGUCCAUUCACCUACCUGAACUCCCAAUAUCGGAAGUGGCCGCAAUUAAAUUCUCUCUAUGCAAACAGGCUUCAGCAGGUCAACCCUCCGGACGACUCGACCGAGCAACCCAAGGAAGACAGAAAUAUAAUGACUAGCUUUGAUACGGUGGUACCGGAGGCUGAUACAGAGACGAAGGCUGACAUGGGAUUCAAUUUCUUCCAAGGAGUCUCCCGGGCUGAACCAUCCAGGCGCAUGUGGGACGGGCCAGGAAGCCCAUGGUGGAAAUACUUCGUCCGCUUAGUGGCGGACCCGAGCCGGACGGGCUGGGGGGAGACUAGGGCGGAGAUUUCCAUCAUGUUGGAGUCGCGCAUUUCGCUUUUGGCUGGAGAAUCUUGUCUCCUGGGACAGCGGGUCUGCAUUUCAUCGUAG